CGGAGGGCGGGCGCGGGGGAUGCGAGUACCUUCCCCGGAGGCCCAGGAGGCUGCGGAAAGUGCGGAAGGCGGAGUGGAGACGGAGGAAGCCCAGAUCUUGGCACAGCCAACAAAAUUUCCAGUGAAUGAAAAAGAAGAAAGCAAGAAAGAUAACUUUGAACGCACUGAAUGUUGCAAGAUAAGCACAAUGGAUCUCAAGUUGAACAGCUCCAGGAAAUACAUCUCUAUCACUGUACCACCCAGGACUCAGACGAUGUCACCACACAUCAAGUCAGUUGAUGAUGUUGUAGUGCUCGGCAUAAACCUCAGCACAUUUAACAAACUUACUCAGCUUUUCAUAUGUGUUGCUGGAGUUUUUGUAUUUUACCUAAUCUAUGGAUACUUACAGGAAUUAAUAUUUUCAGUGGAGGGUUUUAAGUCCUUUGGCUGGUACCUUACUUUAGUGCAGUUUGCAUUUUACUCCAUAUUUGGCCUAAUAGAACUUCAGCUUAUUCAGGACAAAAGGAGAAGAAUACCAGGAAAAACCUACAUGAUAAUAGCUUUUCUAACUGUGGGUACUAUGGGGUUAUCAAACACUUCCUUGGGCUACCUGAAUUACCCUACCCAAGUCAUCUUCAAGUGCUGCAAAUUGAUUCCUGUUAUGAUAGGCGGAGUUUUUAUCCAAGGGAAGCGAUACAAUAUUGCAGAUGUGUCUGCUGCAGUGUGUAUGAGCCUUGGCCUGAUCUGGUUUACUCUUGCUGACAGCACAAUUGCACCAAACUUCAACCUGACAGGCGUGAUGCUUAUUUCCCUGGCACUCUGUGCAGAUGCAGUCAUUGGAAAUGUCCAAGAGAAGGCUAUGAAACUCCAUAAUGCUUCUAAUUCUGAAAUGGUUUUGUAUUCAUACUCAAUUGGUUUUGUGUACAUUUUAUUGGGACUGACCUGCACUAGUGGAUUAGGCCCUGCUGUAGCAUUCUGUUCAAAGAAUCCAGUCCAGACCUAUGGUUACGCUUUCCUCUUUUCCCUUACUGGGUACUUUGGAAUCUCCUUUGUACUGGCACUGAUUAAAAUUUUUGGUGCUCUUCUUGCUGUAACAGUGACAACUGGAAGAAAAGCAAUGACCAUAGUACUUUCAUUUAUAUGCUUUGCUAAACCGUUCACAUUUCAAGCCUAAUGAAAAUGUGAGCCUCUUACCAAUAUGACUGAAUAUGAGUGGCAUGUAUGUUCCAAUAUAACCGAUGUUCCAGUGUGACUGAAUGUGAGUGCUGUGUCAUGCAAUUGUUACUAAAUGUGAGAGCUGCAUACGUUCAGUUGUGACUAAAUGUGAGUGCUGUUACAUUUCAUUGUGACUGAAUUUUAGUGCUGUGUACAUCCAGUUGUGAGUGAAAGUAAAUGCUGUGUCGUUCGAUUGUGACUAAAUGUGAGUGCUGUGUACAUUUCACUGUGACUAAAUAUGAAUGCUGUAUACAUACAUUCCAGUGUGACUGAUACAGUGGUAUGUGCAUUCUAACUUUACUGGAUUAAAGGUAUUUCAGUGUAAAUGAAUAAAUUACAUGUUUGCAGCCAAAGUUUUGAAAACUGUUUACUUUUUCUUUUCGUAAAGGAUUUAAAGUGGAGAAGUUUUCUGUAAGUUGUAUCCUAAUGAACCAUUUAGUUGAGAACAGUGUUUAAUUUUGACAUCUCAAUACUUAAUAACAUAAUUUCAAAGGCUAACAUAAAAUAAAUUUCUGUGAAUGUGUCACAGAUCAUUUUUGUCUAUACUUUUUUCCUAUAUAUGCUAGGUAUCUUUUAUUGUGGUUAUGAUUAUUUCUCUGCUUUUUCAGGACUGUGUCCCAUGUCAUCCUUUAUAAUUUAGAACAACUAACCAUUCAGACAGCUGAUUUAAAUUCCUAAAGUAGUCUUUGGUGGAAUUCUAUAUUCAAUGUUUUAAAUAUAGUCUUAAGACAAUGAAAAGGCCUGGACUUUGAAUAUGCUAUUAUUUUCAAUGUCUAUAUGAACCUCAUUUGUAUAAUUUUUUGUAAAAUACCUAUUCUUUAUUUGCAGCCUAUAUGUAGAGUGAUGUACUCUCAACAUAAAGAUACUGCAUUUUAUCUAAUCUAAAAAUACUAUAAAUACUAUUUUUAUUUUAAUACUAUCAAUAUCAGCCUAAUAGCAAAAUUUUAUCAUUGAAGAAUUACUGUGGACCACUGAGCAAACUAUUGUUAAUGCUAAAUUGUUAACUUGUUAAACUGUUCUUCUCUAUUUUUCUUUCUCUUAGGUAUGUAUGGUCUGGUCUAUUAGUUGUCCUUGGUAUUUUUCUUAAUGUUUACAGUAAAAAUAUGGAUAAAAUACGACUGCCCUCACCAUAUG